AUGAACAAAAAUAUAGCAACAACACCGAGGAGAGAUAGAGCUACCGGAAGAACCGAGGGUGGUUUAGCUUUGAAGUUUGGUCUACCAAUGUUGCAAUGGUUCAAGGACAAGGACAUCCUAAUGUCAUGCAAAGCCGCGACCGACGUGGAGGCAGGAGCUGUGACGAAUCCCGUGUCGCCCAGGUGCAUGACGACCACACGCGCAGCGAUCUCCAGGGUCCGUGCGCAACUCCGUCGUGUCGACGAAGACGCGUUCACGCCGCACAGCGUGCUGAUCGGCCUUUACAACCAUCGUAAAGGUGUUUCCCAAUGGACGGAAGUGAAGGAGAAAGCCGUCGUCCAUCUGUUUCACGGUCAAGUGGAUGAGGUAAUGCGGGAGCUGAAAAGUCUAGAGGGUGAAGCAAGGAGGUGCUAUGCCCAUCUGCCCGACCCCAUUUUGUGUUGGGAGCACUUCUCAUUCUCACACAUGCUGCUGCACGAUGGCUGCUAUCUGCUCCUUUUGUUCUUAAGCUACAAGACAGAGGGACCUCAGUAUCCCGAGACGGCAGCCGGUGGAGUCUCCGACGGCGCCGUGGUGCGCGACACCGUGUUCCUUGUUGAGAAUCAAAUACCUCUCUUGGUGCUUGACAAGAUCCACCAGCUCGUCACAGGAGACACCGAUAGUUCCGUCCUCCAAAACAUAUCCGUAGCUGUCCAGGAGCUUCUGCAGGCACAACUCUACAUCAGCAAGAAGCCUCGGCCGGCGCCGCAGCAGUCGUCCCACUUGCUGCACCUGGUGCAUCACUACUUUCAGCCAACCAAUCCGCCUCCGGAAACGGCAGAGAACAUGGCACGGCGCACAGGCCGGUGGCGCCGGGCGACGGAGUACCGCUGCCACGGCAACGUUCGUUUCAAGCCAAAUGACUUGGUGGAAGGCAAGGAGUCCACCAUCCUGGACGUGAGCUAUCAAGGAGGUACGCUGUGGAUCCCUCGCCUGCAGGUUAACAGCAAUACGUGGACGAUCCUACGUAACCUGAUGGCUCUGGAGGAGCAGAUGACACGGCGGCCCGUGACGGCCUACUGCGUCUUCCUGUCGCAGGUGGCGGGUACGGUGGAGGAUGUCAAGCUCUUAGUUCGUGCCGGGAUCGUCCAACAAUUCCUGUCAAGUGAGAAGCAGGCCGCCCAAGACUUGGCAAACCUCUUAACAGGGGUGGAAUUGGAAGUGGACAACCUCGACCAAAACUACCUCAAGCCCAUAUGGCGCGACCUGGACAUGCGCUGCAACAAAUGGGUCAACAGAUUCAUGGGAACGUGCCGCGAACAGCACUGCCGUAACGGGUUGUACACCGUAGCAUUCGUUAUCACCGCCAUCCUCUUUGCCUGUGGAUUGCUGCAAGCGGUCUUUGCUGUCCUAAGCUACAAAUACAAGAAAUAG